AUGGCCGACACAUGGGUGAUCGUAGGUGCCUCUCGAGGCAUCGGCCUAGAAUUUGUGCGACAAAUCUUGCACAAAGGCUUUCACGUUAUUGCUGGAGUCCGCAGCCCGGCUACGGCCACGCAGCUUUUGGAAUUAAGAUCUCAGUCGAGUUCAGCAGACCGCUGCAUCAUUGAACAGUGCGAUGUAACCGACAAUGAGAGUAUUCAAAGCUUUGCUAGCAAGGUCAAAGCAGCUGCGCGAGGCGGUCUUCGAAUCACCCACGUCGUUCUGAACGCAGGAAUUCUCCAUUAUCCAAAUCGUGCGACCGAGAUCUCGUUCUCCGACUUUGCUCUUCAUCUACAUACCAACACCAUCGGGCCGAUCGUCUGUGCUCAGAAACUGGUGAAUCUUGACCCGGAUUGUCCCCCGGCAAAAGUGGUCUUUAUAUCCUCCGACUCGGGCUCGGCGACCCUCUUUCGAGAUGACGAGGAUGGGUUUGGAGCCUACAGCGCCAGUAAGGCCGCCCUCAACCAGAUGCUGCGGCACAUGGCCGCCGAACUGAGUCGGAGGGGAGGUCAAUGGAGUCGUACCUGUAUUUUGGCAAUUCAUCCCGGUGAAGUCGAAACAGACAUGGCGAAUAUCGACCUUGGCUGGGAGGUGCAUGGGUCUAUCCAGGCCGAUGAAAGUGUUCGGUGCAUGCUCAAGGUGAUUGAAGAGAAGGAUGAGACGGGCAGCUUUUGGUGUUGGGAUGGCAGGGGAAUUGGAAUGUCCUGGUCAGAGAGUAUUCUGGAUGCGUUCGACGGGAGGCUUCAGCAUCUUUUACGAGAUCAAGGGCUACCUAGCAGAUUCCAGGGGCAGUCCAGGGCGUCGUCUUCCAAGCAUAUCUCUGCAUUCCAUUUUUAUCCACAGGUCUUAUACUCCUCCGUGACCGCCAAUUUUAUCGAGGAGCUCAGCAUGUGA